AACGUGGUGCGUUUAGGAGAGCGAUAAGAGGGCUGUGGAAUCUGUGUGACUUUCUGUUCAGCGUAGAUUUUGGCGUGUCGCUGACUGAAGGGAAAGGAUGUUUCUGCAGUAUUACUUGAACGAGCAGGGGGAGCGUGUAUACACAAUGAAGAAGGUUUGUCCUGAUGGGCAGCCAACUGCUUCAGCCCAUCCUGCGCGCUUUUCUCCUGAUGAUAAGUUUUCCCGCCACCGUGUCAAUCUGAAGAAGAGAUUUGGACUUCUACUUACCCAGCAACCCAGACCUGUGUUAUGAGCCAUGUAACGAUGACUGAUACUUCCUUGUGUUGAACAUGUUUGCCAACUGUCCUUUCUUCAAUCAUUGACCAGCAAAUAACUACAUAGUGUUGAAAGAAUUCCUUCACCUUCAUCAUCCUAAUUCUGUCUAAAUGCUUCAGAAACUACAUGUAAAUUAAAUUCCAGAAGGACUUAUCCCUAUGUGGUACAACCAUUCAUUUUUGUUUAUUACCAUGUGAGUUUUCAUUCCUGAUCAGGUUUGAUUUUCUGUUUCCUAGUUGUGCGAUAAUAAAAACAAGUUUUCAAUUUUCCAA